UCAAGUGUGUUGUGUUUGCUAUAUCGAAGUGAUUUUAUUCGGAUAAACCAAACCAAAACAAACGGUGAAAAACAAUCAUCAUGGCUGAUGUUGCAGUUGCUCCAAAGAAGGUCAAGGCCGCUGCUUCCAAGGGCGAUAAGAAAGCAAAGAAACCAUCCACCCAUCCACCAGUCAAUAACAUGGUGCUGGCUGCUCUCGCAUCGCUCAAGGAACGCAACGGAACAUCGUUGCAGGCCGUGAAAAAGUACAUCGGUGCUAACUAUAAGUGCGAUGUGACGAAACUGUCUCCGUUCAUUAAGAAGUCGCUGAAGAACGGAGUCGCCAAGGGUGUACUGGUUCAGACCAAGGGUACCGGAGCAGCCGGAUCGUUCAAGUUGAAACCGAAAGCCAAGGCUUCUGGUGAGAAGGCUAAGACGAAGGUGGUCAAGAAACCGGCCAAAAAGCUGACCGCGGGAGUGGCCAAGCCAAAGAAGGCUGCAGGAGCUAAGAAGGUCAAGCCUGCAUCGGCGGGAGGUGCCAAGAAGAAGGUCACCGCACCGAAACAAAAGUCUACCAAAGCUUCGAAGAGCGUUGCCAAGAAGCCAAAAGCUCCGAAACCAAAGAAGGCCACCGGUGCGUCGAAGAAGGUUGCCAAGAAGUAAGGUGGGUCUCGGGGUCUGCGCUCGUAAUGUGCCAUAUAUUUUUUCUUUAACAAUCAGUCCUUUUCAGGGCUACCAAAA